GUCCCAAAUAUGAUGUCUCAAUAUUUGACUUCUUGCUUACAAUUAUCACUUCCAGGGAAAGGUAGUUGUUAUUAGAGGAGAAGGGCCUAAGGGGGGGCCUGGCAUGCCUGAAAUGCUGACACCAACAAGUGCGAUAAUGGGAGCAGGUCUUGGGAAGGAUUGUGCAUUGUUGACUGAUGGGAGGUUUUCAGGAGGUUCACAUGGUUAUGUUGUUGGCCACAUCUGCCCUGAAGCACAGGAAGGUGGACCAAUCGGUCUCAUUGAAAAUGGAGAUGUCAUCACCAUAGAUAUUCGGGAGAGAAGAAUGGAUGUUCAGUUAACAGAUAAAGAGAUGGAGGAGCGAAGAAAGAAAUGGACGCCUCCUGCAUAUAAGGCUGACAGGGGAAUUCUGUUUAAGGUAUGUAUGUGAAGAUUGCCUGGAAAA